GACCUCGACCCCGAACACUGCAUAGAGAGUCUUUCGUCUGUUAUUAACGUGUCACCGUUUUUUAAUCCCAUCUAUCUCCUGAAAUAAUGAGCUCGUUGAAAGGCAAAGUAGCUCUCGUGACAGGAGCAAGUUCUGGCAUUGGAGCUGAGACGGCCAGAUAUUUUGCCUCGUUAGGAUGCUACCUGUCUCUGACUGGUCGGAAUGAAGCCAAUCUGAAGACGGUUGCUGAGGAAUGCCAACAGAAUGGCUUGCCUAAAGAUAAGAUUCUGCUCAUUCUAGCUGAUCUUGGCAGCGAGGAAGACGUCAAGAAAGUUGCUGAUAAAACCAUCGAGUACUUUGGUAGCUUGGACGUACUGGUCAACAACGCGGGUGUCGUCUAUCCUGGUUCAAUUGAGACGUUUACUCUGGAGCAAUUUGACAAGACGUUUGAUGUCAAUGUCCGCGCACCGUUGCAACUCACACAUCUACUCAAACCACAUCUCAUCAAAACUAAAGGUGCCAUUGUAAAUGUGUCUAGUGUCAACGGAGUUAUGGCGUUUCCUGGAGUGAUGACUUAUUGUAUGUCCAAGACUACUCUGGAUUGCUUAACACAGAACAGUGCGCAUGAUCUGGCCCCCCAUGGCGUACGGGUGAACUCAGUCAAUCCUGGAGUGAUUAAGACUGCAGUGCACAAGCGAGGGGGCAUGACCGAUGAGCAGUAUGCACAGUUUUUAAAGAAGUGUGAACGCACCCAUGCCAUGGGUCGUCCCGGCAACGUAGAUGAGGUUGCCAAGGUGAUAGCGUUCUUAGCCUCCGAUGAUUCGUCUUACGUCACGGGGGAGCUCAUCACUAUAGAUGGAGGAAGACAUCUGCUUACCGUCAUGGCCCCAGAGAAAACCGAGUGAAGAAAAAACACAUCAAGGAAUCUCUUCCAACAAUUAUACCCCCAAUUACAUUUUUUGCUUAUUAAAACCAAUUGUAUCUUGUUCACUUAUAUUGUAUUCAAUGUAGGGUUCUUCUGGUUUGGACUAAAAUGUGUUGGCUUGAAUGUAGAUUGUAUCAGCCAAUUCACAACACAGUGUGUAACUUACGCCACACGUAGGAUUUCUACAACAAAUUUGUUGCGCAGCUGUGCAGUGAAGUUACGAUCAAUUUCAGGAACUUGGCCUAGCUGCAUGUCUUAAAUCCAUACUAAUAAGUGGGCCCUGUCUGUCUGGCUGUGCAUUUCACCGUAUGAUCACCUACAGAUUUGAAACUUGUCACAUUGAUAGUUCAUGUAAAGGAGGGGGGCAGCAACAUCUUGUCCCUUAUUAACCAACCCCUAAUUAAUUGGAUACUUUCACUUUACAUCCUACAUGUACAUCAUAAUAGAGAUGUGCAACUACGUGGCACAAAGGUACGCACUGUGCAACUUUCAUGAAAUGUUGUGGAAGUUACACAAUCAAAUAUGGCACAGGGGAAAUCGGCUGUAUAAGUUGAUUAUAUUUCUAGAUUAUAAUUUGAAUUAUGGAACCCGUUUGAUUUUUUUAUGCAUUUAAUGCAAAAACUGAUGAUUUACUGAAAUAACAGUAUUAGAAAAAGUAGCUUUCUUUACUUUCAGGGGAAAUGACCUAUGAUAUUUUUUCCAGUAUGAGUUACAUCGAUAUUGGGUUGUUUUUACUUUUCCUUGUCAUUUUUGCAUGUUUAUUUUAAUUUUUGAUGAGAUGAAUAUUACGAAAAACAUGUGUAACAUGAAAACGUAACAACCAUGCGUGUUGUACUUUGGAAGACAUUGGAAUUUUCUCUGUGAAUAAAACCGAAGGUUAUUUUCAGUGUAUGGUAUCCUGAGUUCUUACUUGUUCAGGUUUAU